AUGGUUUCCGACGAGCACUACGAACUGUGCUUGCCGAUUCUGCAGGAUACCACCCUCGAGGAUGAGGAUAAGACUGACAAGCUCGAGGAGCUGCUGAAGAAGAAGACCAACCUAACCGGCUCAUCACUCGAUAAUGUGGUCCUCGACGCCCUUUGGCGGUUUCGAGAGGGUACCACCGUCUCAGCUUCGCCACCUCCCAUCCGUCAGUCUAUUCUUCGACGCCCGUCUCCUGCAUCAUGGCGUAAUUCAGCCACACCUAUCUCGGGUUCUCCGCGUCUCGGCGUAAGCCCUCUUGCGCCUCCCGGCUUCGUACCCUCGACGUACCGAUCAAUAUCAUCCACGGCAUCGCCCUUUUCGUCCCCUCGAGCCUCGCCACGCUUGGCAUUUGCGACACCUGCGAUUCCCCAUAGUCCAAACCUCAAUGCCUACGAAUUUGCUAGCGAUGCCACCCCCGCUCCUGAGAUACUCGGCGAUUAUCAGACGGAAAACGUGGAAUGGCUUGUCAAUGAUGAUGCUGCAAGCGUUUCGUUUGUCGGAACUUCGAGUGGUCUCAAUGCUGCUGCCCCUGAAUUUGCCUCAUCUGUAUCUGCACAGCAGCUUGACAUGUCGCCCUACGACAUGCUUCGAUCGAUCUUGGGCCACUCUCAAACCGAUGAUGAGAUUGAACAUGCCCUUGCUUCCCAUGGCUAUGAUCUGAGCGCCACUAUUGCCUCGAUAAUGGAGGGCCAGGCGGCUGAGGGCAAUUUCACUACUGACGACUCCAGGAAUGUCCUGAUUGGGAAAUCUAUAGCCUCUGAUAGCCGUCCGGCUACGCCUACUUCAGCGCAAAAGGCUGGUGUCAUUUGCAAGUUCUACAUGUCGACUGGCCAGUGUCUAAGGGCCGACUGUCGCUUCAGCCACGAUCUCAGCAAUCACUUGUGCAAAUACUGGGUCAUGGGGAAUUGCUUAGCUGGCGAGACCUGCAUCUUUUCUCACGACCCUGCCAAGCUGGCGAGUAGACUGACCUUGGAUGGCGCUAGUACUCCUCCCUCACGGGGGCACUCUGCCUUGCAGCUGCAGGAUCUGAACUCCUUCCCUUCUCUCAGCUCGGGAGCCUCGGACGGAUAUCACAGCGGAACCGCCACGCCUCCACCUGGUUUCCGGCCUUAUCACGGCACAGACAGCCCUCGUUCGCGAUCUCGUCCAAGUAGUCGCCAGCAUGCGAAAGAGCUGCCAAUGAUUGCUCCCGCCUUGGACGACAAUGAAGCAUUCCCGACUCUCGGCUCAGCUUCACUGAAGCAGGGAAAGAAGCAUCACGGCAAAAGAGGCGGCCAUGGCCAUGCACACAAAGAAAAUAUAGCUCCUAGCUCGCUUGCUGAUAUUGUCAGGACGGCACCUUCGCCCGUCCCCGGCAGCUCGCCCAGCCUAGAAACCCGAAAUCUCAAUGGAGCUGCGCCAUUGUUCAAGAAUGGAGAAAAUAGUGCCGCGGCUCUCGCUAUUCCUAGCCCGAAGCAUAUCCCGUGGUUGGAGACUGGCGAUCGCGCCAACAAGGCAUACUUGAAGGCUCGCCAGGAAGCCAUUAAGCACGGUGGACUACGGAACAAAUUUCUUCAAAGUGCGGCGCAAGCGUGGAAUCGCAACGAUGCGCGAGCAGCCAAGGCUCUCAGUUUGCGUGGUCAGAGCGAAAACGACUUGAUGCGACAAGCACACCGUGAAGCUGCUCGCGAGCUCUACGAAGAGCGCAACAAGCCCAUUUCCGACAUGGCCGAGAUAUAUGUUGACCUUCAUGGCUUGCAUCCCGACGAAGCUGUAGAGUAUCUAGAAAAGAUACUGAUGGGUAACAUUAACGAAUCCCGUCCCGUCUAUGCCAUCACGGGCACUGGAAAUCACAGCAAGAAUGGAAAAGACAAGGUUGGCAAGUCGAUCAGGAAUUUUCUCAACGAAUGGAAAUAUGCCUAUCGUGAAUUUUCCGUUCCAGGAGACCGCAACAACAUGGGAGGUAUACUGGGGAUAGAUGCCAGAAGCUGGGAUAAAUCACUGGCUAGACAAGAGGACAAGUCGGUAGAUAUUCUGAGCCAGGGCGUGGAGAUUGGCGAAGGCAAAGUGAGGCUCUUGGUUCGAGACGGCCCAAAGACGGCUACCAGCGCGAGACGAUGA